GAGUAAGCGUGGCAUCAUAUUAGACGUUUUGUAAUGUGGUGGUAUCCUAGGUACAAUGGAACUGCGCGGCUGGAUGGGAAAACGGCCAUUGUCACCGGUUCGAACACCGGCAUCGGCAAAUUCACUGUUCUGGAUUUCGUCAAAAGAGGUGCUCGGGUGGUCAUGGCCUGUAGAAGCGUGGACAAGGCAGAAGCUGCGGCCAAAGAGAUCCGUGACGUCACCAGGGAUGUGCAAGGAGCCGGAACUGUGCGUGUGGUCAGGCUGGACUUGGGCUCCCUUGCCUCGGUGAGACAGUGUGCCCAGGAGCUGCUGAAGACCGAGGAUCGAAUCCACCUGCUUAUCAACAAUGCAGGGAUCAUGGCGUGCCCCCAGGGCAAAACAGAGGACGGCUUCGAGACGCAGUUCGGGGUCAACCACCUGGGCCACUUCCUGUUCACCUGUCUGCUCCUGCCGCGCAUCAUCCGCUCCGCUCCUGCAAGGAUCGUCAUUGUGUCCUCCUAUGCACAUGUAUUUGGAACCAUGCAUUUCGAUGACCCGUAUCUUGAGAAGUCCUACAGCCCUUCCAAAGCUUACGCCCAGAGCAAACUUGCCAACGUGCUGUUCUGCAACGAACUGGCCAGGAGGCUUCAAGGGACGGGCGUUACAACUUACUCUCUGCACCCUGGGAUUGUCAAGACCGAGCUCUUCAGGCACACGAGUGACUCAUAUUUCCGCGGGGUGCGAGCCAUUCUGAACGGAGUCGGGGCAUUAUUUUUCAAAACUGCUGAAGAAGGCGCACAGACCACGAUAUAUUGCGCGGUGGACGAGAAACUGGCCGAUAAGACAGGGCUCUACUAUAGCGACUGCAAGCGGAAGAGAGCUUCAGCCAAGGCCCGCGACCCCGAGGCAGCAAGGAAGCUGUGGAGUUUAAGUGCAGAGCUGGUGGGGCUGGAAGACUGGAACCCAUUCACCGCGGACGACACCGCACCGCCCAGCUGGGCUGCACACUGAAAUUGCAAUUACAGUACUUGCGUGUAUAUAUGUACGAUUAUAUAUUGUCACGUGUAUGAGUGUGACUAUAGACGGGGUUUGGAUUGAGAAAUAGAUUUAUUGAUCAUUUACAGGUCGUAACUGUAGCAGUAUCGCUAUUUCAACAAUUUACACUUCACUACAGCAAACAGUCUAGUGUUCUCAGUCUGUUACUAGACGUUUUUUGGUAACGGCUCCAACAGUGGCUAUUUCUCUGCCUCCGGGCUCAAGUUCUCUCUUCGCAGACUCCUGUACAGAACUCGACUGAAGUGACCUUGUCCUUUAUAAUAUCUCGGCACAGACCAUAUAGAAAACACAGCUCUUCUAUUGUAGUCC